AAAAAAAAAAAAAAAUGAUAGUUGUGAAGUGUGUGCUUCUUAGUUCAAGUAGAUAACAUGAGACUAAAUGGGCAGCUCCUGCCUGGAGAUGAGGCGAGAAGGCAGAAAGGGAGCUGGUUGAAUGGACGUGGGAGAUUCCAGUUGGAAGGGAGGAGUGUGCAGACAUAGGAAUAGCAACUAGUGUCACAUAACAAUGUGUUUAUAAAUUUUUGUAUGAGAAACUAACUUGAGCUGUAAACUUUCACUUAAAGCAUAAUUUAAAAAAAAAGGUCACUUUUUUGGAACUAAUAGGUGCUGCCCAUUAAGCAAAGACUCUUAGGUUUCACAAUCAGGGGGGAGUUUAUCACUUUAAUAAGACAAGUUAUGGCAUUGUUAACUAGUAUUGACCACGGGCCGGGGGCGUGGGGGGGUGAGGGGGCCUAUGUUGUCUCUAUACUGAGAGGCCAGAGGUGUGAGACAGACCAGCUCUCAGAGUACUUCACAGUCAAAAUGCUGAGUUUAUUCGUUGGCUCUGUCAAGUAUGUUCUAACUUUAAAUCCAGGCCCUCAGAAAGCAGACAACUCCAGCCUUUAGAGGAGACCGUAAGCGUGUUAGAAAGGUCUCACGGUAGUGUCGCCACAUUACACAGGAAUGAACCUAUGGUUCACGCCAUAAGUUGGAUUAGCCCGAACUGGCUUCAGGACCUUGUCUGCCUCCAUGAGCUAGUCCCCCCCUCCCUUUUUUAAAUUUGAUUUUUAUAUUUUAUAUAUGAUAUAUUUUAAAUCUUUUCUUCAAAAUAGUAUAUGCACAUAGGAACAAAUAUACGGUAGAGCUUGUGAUAAAAACUGGUAGUGUACUCCCAGUCCAUCUUCAGGCCUCUCUCUGCCAUUUUUUUGGUUCGAGUUUUUCUUUUGGUUGCUUUCAUAAUUGAACAAUAUGUUAAUAUCUCUAUAUUUAGACAUUUGUUGAUACCUCGCUAUGAAAUGUGAGGAUUUAACUGUCACAUGCUACCCCUCUCCACCUUUCUUCUCUCCCAGUAUUGAAUAAUGGUUAUCGUUGUUCUUCUGUUUGUUGACAUUAGUAAUUUUAAAUAGUAUACUUAAAAGUCUUUCUUUUUUUUUUUUUUCAUUUAUUUUAUUUAGUCCUUUCCUUUUUUCUGUCUAAAUUGAGGAUAUGAUACCCUUGGAAUUAAUUCCCUGUUCUUUUCUUCCGGCCUCCUUGUGCCACUGCACAAUUACUUUUGGUGUUGAGGUUGUUAAUAUUUAAAUUCUGUUUUGCAGUCACAGCCAAGUCACGAUUGUUUAUAAAAGUUAAAGAACAGUAAAUGUUAUUAUUAUUUUUUAAUUGCCAAGCCAUCAUUUCCUUCUUUGAAAGGUCAGUGCUAUGGCUACUGGGCCACUCACAGGAGAGAAUUCCAGCAUCAAGAGCAUACCCUUCUCCUGCCUAUUUUGAUAUUUAUUCAAUUUCUAAUUGCCUCUCUUUCUCGUAACUAACAUUCAGGACUUUUGCAGUCCUACCGUUAAUUAAUAGACUCUCUUCUUUUUCUUUGAGUGAAGCUCACUGUCUGCCCUCCUACUUCCUAUGGACAUGUUGUUCCCUGGGGCUGCUGCAUGGCUAACACCCUGAGACUUUCUGGUACAGCUUUCUUAAGUUAGAUCUGUGUUUAACCUUUCUUGGUUUACUCCCUCAUCCUGCUAUAGUACAUUUGCAAGUAAUGUUCCCAGAAGCAGUGGUUGGAGGUAAAUUUUUUGAGUCUUUAGUGACUGAGAAAGUGCCAUUAUUUUGCCCUAGUACUUCAUAAGGGUAUAAAAAUCUAGGUUAAAAAAUGAUUUCCACACAUCCUGGGGAUUGCAACAUCAUAAAACAAUUUGGUAUAAAUUGUUGAAUGAGAAAGUCAUUUGCUCUGUAAAAUUUCACCUAAAGCAUACACACACACACACACAAAAAGAUUUCUGGGCAGAUGGCCUGCCAUGGCCCUGAGGCUCCUGAGACGCCCUGAGCCUGCAUCGUGGGGAGGCAGGCUCCCAGCGCAUGGUUUGAGGCAGUUUUCAGAAGCAGGCAUACAAUAUGCAGACAGUGCAACGCUGGAUGUAGAGUUUAGCAGCAACCGCAGCUUGGAGAAAUUUUAUGAUGAUCCUGAAAGCAAUGAUGGCAAUGGUUAACACCUGCAGCCUUGGUUGUACACAAGUCGCCUCAUGCAGUACGUGGACACCUUGGAACACUUGUUGGGCACAGAACGGGAUGUCACAUUGGCAUCUGUCUGCAGCGAGUUUAUUUUCCUGGAGGUGAUGUAUAACCAAGGGUAUAUCCGAAAGCAGUGUGUGAACCACUACAACGAGAAGAAAACGACCAGCUUCAAGUACCUGCCUCUGCACAUGGUGAUCCACAUCAUCAAGGGUCACAUUCAGAACAAAGGAGAUCCACAUAAGAUGAAGGCCACUUCUGCCUACCUUCAGAACAUUGAGGACACCUACAAGAAAACUUUCCUUCCUAAAAUGAGUGAAAACUGUGAGGCUUUCUAGUACAGUGUAUGGGAAGCUCAAAAUGCAGAAAAGCUGGCAGAAGAUAUUGAAUACCUGAAGUAUAAUAAAGGGCCUUCGUUUGAACAGAAUAAUCACACUUAUAAUCUGUGGAUGCUGGUUCAGAAUAAAUUGGGGGUGCUGAAUUAUACAACCAUUUCUGUCUAUCUCCCAGAAAUUACGGUUUGUGCCCACCAGAGUGACCAGGUCUUCCACAAUGCAGAGCUGCUGGGCUGGAAGUAUCAGCCUGGGUACAGCGGUAACAUGGGUAACAUGGAUGACAUGUGGAUCUGGCUGAAGUGAGCGGGACCCCCUCCGCUGCAUCUGGAUGUGAUGAUGAAGGAGCUUCCUGUCUACCUGGCUCUUAUGGACUCCAUGUACCAUUGAAUUUUUAAAUAAAAUAAAAGAACUGGAAAUCACACAGUAGAAGAAAUGGUCUAACAAAAAAAAGAAGUCUACCCUGUAGUAUAGUUAGUGAGUUGAAGAAAACAACUUCCAUGUAAGAGGUUUAAGAAUUUUCUAGCUUUAUUUUGGAAUAAUCCAUAAUUAUCACUGUGGGAAAAAAAGGGUCUGCUACAAAAGACCAACUUUAGUGGAAAAAUUUCCUUUCAUGCAGUUGUGCUCUAUCAUGCAGAUUUUGUACAUUGUUGCUUCAGACUUCAAAAAGUAAAGCCAUUUCUGUGGAACACCAAAAAAAAAAAAAAAAAGAUUUCUGAACUUCCACAUGCAGCAGUAAUAUGAAUUAAGAUAGUCUGAAAGGUUCUUAUCUUUAUAGAUGCUGGCUGAGGCAUAGUUUUAAGGCAUUUGUGGGCUCAUCAGAAGGAAGGGAAAACUUAAAGGACCACUUCACCACAGUCUCUCCCAGAAAAGUGAAACAGAAUUGGGAAAGGUGCUAUUGCCCCAACUUAGAUGUCGAAAUCAGGACCAUAAUCUGGAGACUAAGCUUUAAGCCUAUCACAAGCUAAACUUCAAGCCUGGGACCUUCUAAGAGGCAAAAAUGGUCCCUGUUGGUAGUGCCUCCUGACUCCCUAUCAGAAAAAAAAAAAAAAAGCAGAUGAAAACUCUGUUUUGGAGGAAGCCUUCCCAACUUGAGACCCACAGGUAUUUCAGAAGUGGAGAUGAAAGAAAUAUGAGCUAAUAAAAUCAACAAACAUGUGAGAAAACAAACCAACACGAGUGAGAAGCAGCCGAAACAACCAGUAGAU